GUGCAAGGCAAUCGUUAUAAGCGGCCGCCUUAAUUCGAAGCGAGAAUUUCCUAGCGACACAUUGCUCCGCGAAAUUCCUAGCGGCUCGCAGCUGGCACCGCUGCUGGUAGACCCGCUGCGCGCUCGUCGACCCGUCAUUUCGCGUCGUACGUCAAAUCCCGGGCGCGCGACGUGCGUCUAACGUCCUGCUCGUGCCCUCGUCGGCGAGAGAAUCGCAGACCCUCGCAACAUGCCGCUGCACCGAUACACGCACGCGAUCCUCUGCAGGAUCCCGCUGUCGCUGCGCACGCGGGGCGAGGUGACACUGGACGAGGCUAGGACGCAGCACCUGGCUCUGGCGCAGCUUCUCCGUGAGCUCGACAUCGACGUCGUCGAGAUGCCGCCCGACGAAAACUCGCCGCUCUGCGUCUUCGUCGAGGACAUCGCCGUCGUCUGCAACGGCAUCGCCCUGAUCGCCCACCCGAGUGAGCCGUCUCGCCUCAAAGAGCUUGAUACCAUCAGAGCUGUGUUGAAGAAAGAGUUAGAGAUACCACUAAUAGAGAUAAGCGACAAGAAUGCUCGUUUAGAUGGUGGAGACGUGCUUUUUACUGGUAGAGAAUUCUUUGUUGGGCUAUCUCAUUUUACAAAUGAAGCAGGAGCACGAGCAGUUGCUGCCGCAUUCCCAGAAUAUCCUUGCGUGCCUAUCAAGGUGGGUGAUGGUGGCGAAGAGGUGAUAGUGGAGAGUCUUACCUCAGCCCCUCUUCAGGUGGCUGAAUCCAAACGCCUGAAAUCAUUGGUUACAAUGGCCGGUCCAGAUGUUAUAUGUGUAGGGGCAGGAAAAGAAUCUCAAGAAGUUCUCAAGAGAAUCGAGCGAGAGGCAACGUACAAUUACCAAACAUUAACUGUGCCCGAGGACGUGGCUGCCAAUGUGCUCUACGUGAACGGCACGCUUAUUCAUCGGUCGGAGGAUGAGAUCCCACAAUCGAGUAAGGUAUUCGCCGAGAAGGUGGAGUUCCCGACCAGAUCGCUGCGUUUGUCUGAAUUGGCGAAAGUUAGUUCCGGUUUGUCCUCCUGUUGCUUGUUGGUGCGCAGACCGCGGCACAUCCGUAGCAUUUAAACAUGAAAAGAGAAUAAGAUCUUGCGAUGUAAUCGCAAUUUAUUGCCACCAGUGCUAUCCGCGAAACACGAAACGUAAAUCCAAGUUUUCUUCUCUUGUCAAAGAAUUCGCGGAGAAAUACAAUACAUGACAAUGGCGAUUCGUCAUCUUGACGUUUUGAUAAGUAUUUUUUUUUUAAAUAAUUUAAAAUGUUACUGUAUUAUUUUAUAUCUUGCAAAGAGAAAAUAUUUCAAGAGAUUAAUAUAUACAUAUGUAUACACACACACACGUACACAUACAUACACACACACUCAUGAACUUCCCGAUUCAAUCGUACACACUUGAUAUUUCACUCGCUCCAAGAGGCAAAAGCGCGGUUAAAUUACGUUGAUACAUAAACGUAUAUAAUUUUUAUAUAUUUAGAGUAGGAAAGUAAUAUAUUUAAAUUUUAUGUUAUUUAUGUUUAUGCUUUUUGCAAGAUAAUCUCUUUAUUCUUGUCAUUUAUUUAAAUAUUCGUUAUUUUAUGACUUUUAUUUCCAGCUGCAGCUACAGAGUUUUACUUGACUAGUAUUUUCAAGAAUUUUUAUUUUAUUUAUUGUUUAUUUUAUGCAUUUUUUUCCUAUGAUAUUCCAAAAAGUAUAUUAUAGAGUAAGGCUACAGAGUUACAUCUUAUAGUUCUCAACAGGAUUGAUCUUUGCAAAUAUGGCACGUAACACAAUAUGGCACAAAUCCGAUUUUAUAAUAUAUAUAUAUAUAUAUACACUAUAUAUAUAGAAGGGUUGGAAUAUUGAUUUUUAUUACGAUAUAUAUAAUUAAAUCAAAAUUGACUCGUCAAUUCAAAUUAUAAUUAAAACCAAUGUCUACAUGCACACAUAACGGUGGAUCAUUUGUAAUCUGCAUGGCUUACGCAAUUAGGAAAAAUAUGAUCGUAUAUAUUAUCAGUAUUCUGACUCCCGCAACGCAUUCGUAACUAGUCUGAAACGUGUUCACAUCGAAACAUUCAAAUAAAUAUCUCUCUAUCACCUAAUAAUGUAUCGCAAAGUUAUUAAUAAUGUGAAAGCACUGAUAGUUGUUAUGUUAUAACGAAGUUACAUAAUUAAAAGUUUAAACAGAAAUCAA